AUGGUUUCGGGAAACCUCUUUCUCUUUCUGUUGUCUUCCUCUCUUGGAAUUGGAGCAUAUGCCGACCAAUUAAUCAAUCUUAGCCAUGUCGAAACUGUUAGAUCAGCUGGAACACCAAAAGAUUCUCGGCAAGCUGCAAGAUUGCUGCCAGUUCGAGAGGGUAGCUUGUAUCCUCACCUGAGGAAGAGAGACGGUGAUUUGUCAGUCCUUCAUCUACGAGACUCUGUUGUUCUGCAUUAUGGAGGUAUCAUUGAAAAUGAAAGAACACAUCUUGCCAACGUGACUGUGCAAAAGCCAGACCCUGAUCACCCGUUGAUUUUACUCGAGGAUAUGGAUAAACUCACCGAGAGCAUUAAAUGCACGGGCGAUAAGAUGGCCUUGGAGUUUAAGGACAAAACCGCCAUGGACUAUGCUAUUAAGCAAUGGGACUGGGUCAAUGCAAAGACUCCGGACUACUUUUAUUUGAUCACUUUCCACCAGCACGAGGGCUGUGGGGAGGUCAGCGAUAGAUCAUCAUACAAAAUUUCUGCCGUUGCCUACGACGAUUCAACUUUGACAACAACCCUGACAAGAGAACCGGCUUCUUGGGAUGAAACCGCGCAGUUAUUUCAGCUCCAGGUUUCUACUCUCCCAGCACCAGAGAGACCUAGCGAGAUUGCAAAACGCCAGUUGGCAGACCUCAUCAAACAAAAUCCCGCUACACUCGGUCUCGCCGUGGCGGCUUGCAAUAUUGUUCCACUAGCAUCCUUACUCGUCGAAGAAUGCGAACCUUACAAAGUCGAUCCCGUUAAAGCAUUUGCAGCAGCUGGAAAAGAAGCUCUUGGGGAAUUUCGUAGCAAAAUUGCAGAGCUAAUCCCCGCUGGACAGAAUGUCUUGGACGGCACGAUACCAGCACCAUGGACCUUCAACUGGGGUAACGAAAACGAUAAUACCACAAUUCAUCACUUCCUAGGAUCCUUUGAUGCCUUCGAUUACGAGAGCAAAAUCGCUUGUAUGGGAUGCUAUGUCAAAUCCAACCCGACUCUGAACAUGAAGAUCAGCCGUGUUAGAGAAUCAGUAGAUAUUGACUUCACCUUCCAACCCAAUUUCAGAACCAAGCUCGACAUCGCAUACCAAGGCACUCUCGAAUACGGAGAGGAUAUCAACGGUGUAGCUGAAGGCAUUAACGGCGUCCUAGAAGCCUUUAUCGUUGGAGAAUUUCUUAGCUUCCUGCCUGAUGUUGCUAAUGGACCUGGAACUGCGGUGACCAUCAAGGGCGAAGUGGACAUGGAUUUCGGAUUUGAGCUCGACACUGGAAAGGGUGGCAUCGCACUCCAUAUUGGGGACGAAAUCUCUGCUUCAACUCCUGGAUGGGAAACAUUCUCUAUUAAGCCUAUUGGUGAGGUCCGCACAAUGGCUGCUACUAUGGAAGUCUCACCUUAUGUUCGUCUUGGAUUCGGUCUCGGGUUUGAUAUGUUGAAGGGUGUAUUCAAGCGCGGAGUUUUCAUUGGAUUGGAAGCAAAGCACACCUGGAAGGCUGUUGUUGGGCUUAAACCUAACGGCGAGCCCGAGGAACCUGGCGAUGAACCCGAGCUCAGUCCUUGCGGAGAUGUUGCCGGAAUUGGGUUCGAGGAAGGAAGUUCCGUCAACAUUGUCUACAAUGUUGUCAUUGAUCCCAUCACCAAGUUUGUGCUCGAGAACGUUGUCGGCUUUCUCGGUUUCAAGCUUCCCAAAACCGAGGGAACUAUUGUAAAGAUCUCAGAGCCGGAGCCAAACCGGAGAUGCAUUCCCUUCAGCAAGAGGAAGGUUGAGAUCCCACCCCGACCAGAGGCUCGGGAUAUCAUCAAAGCAAUUAAGAGGGAGAAAAUCAACGAACGAAAAGGAACCUCUUUAUCGAUCCGUGCCCAGAACGGCGACAUGAUCCAGUACAGACUUGAGGAAUUUAGAUGCAAGGACGGCUCGAGCCACUUGCUACCAUUCAAUCCAAUAACUCAAGGGGCACUGUUUUCUUGGUGCGAUGGAAGAGAAGAACUAACCCCCCUUGAAAUGGAACUCAAGUGUUCAUACCGCUCUUUCAAUUGUAACGUGCUGAAGGCAGAGGACAAAAAGGAAGAACCGGCCAACCAAUAUGGGGAACCAAUUUGA